AUGAGACUAACUGUUGGAAGGGAUCAAUCUGAUAUACAAAAAAUCGGAGAUUUUGCAAAUUGGUUGUUGGAUAUAGGAGAAGGCAAACUUGGUGGUAUCAACGAUGGAGAAACGGUUAUUGAUAUUCCAGAUGAUAUUCUCAUUAAUGAUGCACAUGAUCCUAUAGGAGAUGAGGUUGAAUACUUAAGUUCAGAUAGUAUAUGCCAAUCUGAAUUUGUCCAUGAUCAAUUUGAUGCAAAUUUAUAUUCACCUGAUGUUUUAAAUGGUCUGAAAGUAUCGGGUUUACCAAACCAUAAGUUAGUUUUAAAAAUCGGUGUUCCAGUUAUGUUACUGAGAAAUAUUGAUCAAAAAAACGGCUUGUGUAAUGGAACAAGACUCCAGGUGAUUUCAUUGGGCAAACGUGUUAUUGAGGCACGUAUCAUAUCUGGAACUAAUAUUGGAAACCACACUUUUAUUCCAAGAAUGUCUCUAACUCCAUCAGAAAAGAAAAUUCCAUUCAAAUUUCGAAGAAGACAGUUUCCAUUGGUUGUAUGUUUUGCAAUGACCAUUAAUAAGAGUCAGGGACAGUCAUUAUCCAAGGUUGGUUUGUUUCUCAAACAUCCCGUGUUUUCACAUGGCCAAUUGUAUGUUGCUUUAUCUAGAGUUCAAAGUAGGGACGGAUUAAAAUUGUUAAUUUUAGAUAAGGAUGGUAGUCUCACAAAUAAAACUUCCAAUGUCGUUUAUAAGGAAGUUUUUGGGAAUUUAUAA